AUGCGAAAUAUUUCGCUCGACAUGCUAGUGAAUAACGAGGAAUUUAGCCUGAAGCACGCCGAAUACCAACCUCGGAAGCGAGGACCGUCAUCGCCCACGUCAAGCAGUAUGAAGGAACAUCUGGGGUCCACCUCGUGUGGAACAAUUUUCGACUCAGGGACUGCGAUAAGUGCCAGGGCAUGUGAUGAGAGCGUCAUGGCUGCUACUAGAGUUAGUAGCGAGACGUUUCGACCUGCACCGGCGCGGGCGGUUUGCAAGAGCCGCUCGCGUAAGGUAGCAGUAGCAACCGCUAGGACUAACUUUGGUGCAGAAUGGGGAGAGCGGAUAAGACGACGGGUGCACGGAUGUCACGAUAGCGGAUUGCGUCUGCAAAUGCAAGAGGCCUAUCCGGACUUUUCUUUGUCAGCUAUGACGCUUUGGAGGCUAGUAAAAGGUCUUGGGUUCUCGUACAAGAUCGUAAAAGGGCAGCGUUUCAUAUUUGAACGCUUGGAUCUUGCCCGCAAGAGAUCCUUGUACUUGAGAAACGACGAGGCUAGGACUAGAAGGUACUGCGUGGUCUACAUGGAUGAGAAGUGGGUGUUCAAAGGUAUGGUGAAGAGGAGAGGCUGGGUAGAUAACACUGUGUCGCGUUUUCCCUCCCGCAAGGCGAUACAGCACUACUCUUGUGGCAAAACUGCUGGGAAGAACAAAGGGAGGCGCGGCAUCGUUAUCACGGCAUUGUGUGAAGAAGGAGUCAUAACGGGUAGCACCCACGUCCUCGUGAGCGGACACCGGACCGCGCAGAGCGAUUUCCAGCGAGAGAUGUUCGAACACAGUGUCCGAGGAAUGGCCGGAAUCGAGUUCGCAGCAGGGCGGAAUAUUACUCUACUGCUCGAUAACGCUCCUUAUUAUACUAGAGCACUAGAGAAGGUGAGAGUGAAAGAGAUCCGCAAGUUACAAAACAUAAAAUUGGUAUCAUCAGAUUCCGACCAGACGCUCCACAAUACAGGAGAUUACCAGCUAUCUCAACUCGCACGGGUCGAAGUGGCUGCCGACAGUACUUGA